AGGGGAAACUUCACUUCUUCCUUUUUGCAGUUUUGGGGCGAAACCGGAGCUGCAAAGAUCGGAUUCCCCGGCCAAGGGAGCAGGGUGCACGCGGACACAUACGCACGCACACACAGAGCCUAACAUUUAUUAGAGAGCUAUCAUUUGGGAAGCUAUCUGUGGACUGAAAGCGAGGAGUGACUUGACCCGAAGAAUUUUUUUAUUUAUUCAUUACAUUUAUAUACCGCCCCAUAGCCGAAGCUCUCUGGGCGGUUUACAGAAAAUCCCUCAAGAGACGGAACAGGUCCUCCUUGGUUUGCAACUGAGCAAUGGAGACUUUGAGUGUGGAGGGGAACAUGUCUGUGGAAGAUGGGGAGCUGAAAAGUAGGGAGCAGAGUACGCCCACCGUCAAAUUGUGGCCCGGCCUGGAGGGAAGAAAAACCCCACAAGUUGUACAUAUACAGAGUAUUGGAAAGUUACAGGCGGCAUCAUCUCCACAAUAUAUUAAAAAGGAACUGCAGGCACAACAGUGUUGGGACGCCCAGUGGCAGGAGUUCCUGCGGACGCUGCAGGCCCCUCACCCAGGAUGGGGGAACACGCAGGCGCCUGAGGAGCCCAGGCCCUGGGACGACGCCAAGGCUUUCCUGGCCUCCUUCGAGCAAGUGGCGUCGGCGUGCCGGUGGCCUCGGGACAAGUGGGUGGCCCUCCUCCUGCCGGCCCUCAACGGAGAAGCCGAGCAGGCCUUCAGCGGCCUCAGUGGCCUUGACCGAGGAGACUAUGAGAAGGUGAAGGCGGCCAUCUUGGAAGGGGAGGCCAUCUUGCGGGAGAGGCAGCGCCAGCACUUCCGGCAGUUCUGCUACCAGGCCACGGAGGGGCCGAGGGGCGUCCACGGCCGACUGCGGGAACUGUGCUGCCGGUGGCUGAGAGCUGAGAGGCACUCGAAGGAGGAGAUCCUGGAGCUGCUGAUCCUGGAGCAGUUCCUGACCGUCCUGCCCCAGGAAAUGCAGGGCUGGGUGAGGGAACGGGGCCCGGAGUCCUGCGCCCAGGCCGUGCUCCUGGCCGAGGAGUUCCUGGCGAAGCAGAGCACGGUGAAAGAGGAAGGAGAGGAGUCGUGGUCUCUGGAGGUGCCGUCGGCUGUGAAUCCUUCCGAGGGAGGUCAGGAUCUACCGCCCGAUGUCUGGCCAAAGCAGCUGGGGAAGGGUUCCAGGCAGGAGCAAGAGGAAGAGGCCAGCUCAUUGGGUCAGCAGCAGGAUCACCUUCCCCAGGGCAGUUCUGAGCCGGGGGCAGCUGAGGGCCCCUUGCCGGAAAGAGGCGGCGCGUUCGAGUGUUGCGAGGAGGGAACGUGGCUCGGGAGUCAGCAGGGACCGGAGGGCAAGUGGGGGCCGGAGCCAGAGGAGAGCACGGGCGGCGCUUUCCCUACGGUCGAAGGCUGUGCUGAUCAGGAAGGAGCCAGAGGCUCCCACAGAACCCACUGUGGUCACUGUGGGAAGAGCUUCCGCUGGAGGUCAAACCUCCGAGCGCACGAGCUCAUUCACGCCGGCGAGAAGCCGCAGCGGCGCUCGGUCUCCCAGAGAAACGGUAACGACGGCUCCCGCCUGGCGGUCCGGGACGGCAGCCAGACCGGGGAGAAGCCGUACAAGUGUCCCAAAUGUGGCAAAGGUUUCCUUCAGGCCCGAUCCCUGGCGACGCACGAGAGAAUUCACGUCAGAGAGAAACCUUAUCCCUGCCUGAUGCCCAAACUGGGUGGCGCCGUGGCAGAGCGGAAGAGACUCAUGCGGCGUGCGCUCUUUAUGGGCGCCGGGGCCACCACUUCCCAGGCCAAGCCAGAGGCCGUGGUGGACCAGUCUUCCUUACCCAGAAUUCUGCAGGAGGACUUUGUCGAGGGGGAACAGGAUUCGGGGGAAAUCGCCCUCGUGGGGUUAUCCCCCGCCGCUCAGGAUGAGCUCCGGGGCGAGGAGGGCUUCAACUUGGAAAACUCCACUCCAAGCUCCGCGAUUGUUGUUCCAGCCGCGCUGAGCAGCAGAAGCUACUGCGGCCGUGGUGGAGUUUCCAUACAAGUUUUAAUGAUGGGGGAGGCGGAGCCUGUUGACCCGAUGCCACGCCCCCCUCACGCCCCUCGCCCCACACCUGGGAGGAGGCCGGGCGGGGCCCCCCGCACCUCGGAGGUGUGGAAGUACUUCCGCCAAAUGUACGACCCCCGGUGGGGGGAGUGCCUCCUCUGCAGGAAGCAGGUCAGCCGUGGGAAGGUGAUUGGGCACCUCACCAACUCAGGCAUGAUUCACCAUCUGAGGAAGCAGCACGAGCUGGUGCUGCUGCAAGGGGACAUGGGCAAAGCGAGGGCCGGCGGCUUUCCCUCCCCGCUGGCUCCGGAGGGCAAGGCGAAGGGCAAGAAGAGCAGCAGGAAGGAGAAAGGAAGACAGAAGGCCCCGUCGUGAUGCAGCAGCUACUGCCUGUCUCCAGCCUCCAGAAUAGCAGCCCUCGCCUCUUUCGGCAAGACAUGUGGUUCUCUUGACGGUGGGCCCGGAGCCGGUGCCUGACCAUGCCUAACCUGGACCCCCAUGCUGCCCACACACACACACACAGACCUAUGCGUGUAGGUUUCUCAUGCUCACGAUGGAUGUCACAGAUGGGGGUGGGGGAAACUGCUUGUUUUCCCCAGGUGUGGCCCUUGGUGCCACCUGCCCUGCAAACACAUGACGUUCUCCAUCACACAAGCAAAGUGUGACGUGGACUCUUCUCCUCCUUAUUUCCACCCCCACCAUGGUUUUCAGAUUUCUCUUCCAAGUAUUUAUGUAGCUUGGAAGAUGAAGGAUCAGUUUUGUGAGGGUUUUUUGCGGGGUGGGGUGGGUUAAAAAAAAAAACCCAACUUCUGUGCGUUUUGUAUGCAAACACCAUUUAAUAGUUAAAUAAAAUUCCUAAUUGCUACGUUUGCAGGCUCAGAAAACGGGCCGUUACGUGCUGGAAUACAGGUGGGUAGAAUCCAAAAAGGUAGAAUCCUGCACCACAUCUAUAACAAGAGGUUCUAAAUUUGCAGUCCAUUGUAAAGUCAGCAGAUAUUUUUGUGGAUGCUUGAAUGUACAUUACACUGUUCAAUAUAUAUAAAUCUGUGAUAAAUCCAGAAGCUGGAGCUAGUGCAGAACGCUGCAGCUCGGCUGUUGUCUGGAGCUGCCCCUUUCCAGCGUGCAACUCCUCUGCUGAGGGAACUGCACUGGCUGCCUAUUCGCUACUGGGCCAGGUUUAAAGUUCUUGUACCUGUGUAUAAAGCCCUAAACAACUUGGGACCAGGAUAGCCGAGGGAGUGCCUUCUCUCCUACCAACCUGCCCGGUCACUGAGGUCAUCCGAGAGUCUGCUCCUGGUGGUCCCACAUAGACCCAUCCUCCGAUUGGAGUCCACCAGGGGAAGAGCCUUCAGCGUGGUGGCCCCCCUCCUGUGG